AGUUUGUCAAAUACACAUUCCUUUCUUCGACAACUACAACGAAAGAAAGCAGAAAAAGGGGUCUUUGUCAGCCAUAAUUGUUCCAAAGCUCGAAUCUCGAUCAAAAUUCCGCGAAUAAUUUUUUGAUCGAAAAUUCUGUCACUAAUCUUAGGGGUAGAAGUUCGAGCAUGGAUGAACAGUACACUCAUCUUCCAACAAGCCAAUUGCUUGGCUCAGUACCAGCUGUUGUAGCUGAAGAGAACAAGGGUAAUGCGAAUACUGGUCCGCAAGCGAAUUUGCAAUUCUUUCCUCCACAUCAAGGUGUAGACAAGGGACCGGGAUAUCAGAAUCUCGCAAGUUCUAGUGAAGGAGGUGGGCCACCACCGACAAAUAACUGGCAGGGAGUGUUUAAUGUCUACUCAUACACACAAUAUUUCAAUGUGGAUACAGACAUUGUUAUCAAUAGAUUGCUGAGUUCAUUAGAUCCUCGAAGUGGUGAUUUCUUCAGCAAGAUUGAUGCAAACCCUGAUCUCUACGGGCUUAUUUGGGUCUCCACCACUUUGGUCUUUGUAAUUGCGGCUCUUGGAAAUUUAUCCACCUACUUGAUAGGAAGUUCUUCCUGGAAUUUCGAUGUCAGCUUUAUGAGUUUGGCUGCCAGUACAGUGUAUGGCUAUGCAAUUGUGGUGCCAUUGGGAUUCUAUUUCUUAUUUCAGUAUCUGGGAUCACCUGCCAGCGUUGUACGCUUCUGGUGCAUGUGGGGUUAUUCACUCUUCAUCUUCGUUCUAAGCUGUUUCUUGUUGGUAAUACCUCUGGAGUUCCUCAGAUGGGUGAUCAUACUCCUAGCGAGCAGUGUUUCAGCCUGCUUCGUUGCCUCAAACCUCAGGACUUAUGUCGAAGGGAAUGAUCUCAUGGUGGUUUUGGUAGCUGCAUUUAUGUUGCAAUUUGCUUUGGGACUCUUCAUCAAGGUCUGGUUUUUCACAUAGAACUCCCUCUUGGUAAUUCUACAACUAAUCUUUCCAAGAUUGAAUUUUUGAAGAUGGGUUUUGCUUGUGAACAAACAAUUCUGACCACACGGUGACUAUAGAGUUAUAAUUCUCCUCUAUUAUUAAAAAAAUAAAAUAAUAAGAAUCAACGAUUUUGCUACUACUGUUGUUGUUGUUGUUGUUGUUGUUGUUGUUGUUGCUGCUGCUGCUGCUGCUGCUGCUGUUAUAUUAGUGUAAGUAAUUGGUAGCAGAUUAGGAAUUGUUUUCAUUGUGGGUGGUUCUUUAGUCUUUUCUCAUGGAUUCUACAAAUUUAGUGUAAAUAGAGAACGGCUCACGUCGGUAUAUCGCAUUUUCACAUGACUUGAUGCUUUGUACAAAAUUUUCCUUGCUGCUUCGAUUAUUUUCCUUUUUAUCUGUC